AAGGCUAAUUACAUGAGGUACCUUUGAUGCAUUUCUCACAAGUUUAGACUGUUAACGACCGGGGUAAAAGGUCGUUUGUUCCUCUAAAGACUUUGACCCCAAUGCCUUUAUUCAUUAAUGUCUUUUCGGAGGAAAGCUGCAUUUCACAACUGAGCCAAGUCUACCUGAAGCAAAAGAGAGGAUACUUUUUCCAAACUGUACAAAGCCAAGUGCUCAGUCGGGUGCCUAGGCCCCUCCGUCUACGAAGCUUCUUGCUUAGUUAGUCGUUGUUGUUUAUGAGUGUCGGCGCGGCUAAACGGCAGAAAGAUGUAUGUUAGAAAGCUGAAGUGCAUGGUUGUACUUAUCUCUACAUUUGCUGUGUGUUAUAUUUAUUACUUUUUGAAUGAACAGAGUUGGUCUUGGUACCUGCAUAGCGCUGAGAAAAAUUCUCGGUGUCAGACACCUAUUGAGGAGAUGAGGGACUUGAUUCAACUUACCAGAGAUACGCAUAUUAUUUUAGACUCCAACAAUCUGACGCAUUUCCCUAUCUAUGGGAGCUUAUUUGGUGCAUUGAGAUACAAAGAUCCACUGCCUUGGGACACUGAUGUAGACCUAUUUCUAAGAGCAGAAGAACUGGAUAACAUAGAUGAAGAUAAACUUUUGAGUGAUUUCAAAGCUAAAGGUAUUAAAAUACUUUAUCGUCCAUGGUUUGGUGCAUACAGAAUCACAAGAGGAAGAUCACGUGGUGAUUUGAUGAUAUUUAAGAACUAUUCAGGGACAAUGAACAGGGUUGGGAUUGAGUCAUAUGCUUUCUUUGUCAAUUAUAGAAAGCAUCACAUAUUCCCUGCUCAUCUGAUAGAAAAGCCUUUACCAACAUUGAAAUUCUGUGGAAUUAAGAUGUUUGCACCUAGAGGUGGUAUUGAGCUGCAGAAAUAUCAUUAUAGGAAUGAUUGGUGGCUAGAGAAGAAACCCAAUGGAUGCUACAAUGCCUCAGAAUAUAAAAAACUAAAAAAGGAAUGAGUAAUGUCAUUUUCUUACUUUAUCCAGUUUAUUGCUUAAAUCAAACUUCUGAAAUGAGUUUAAAGACUCAUUGCUAACAAUGAGCCUCUGCACUACACAAGCAUCCCAUAAUGCAUUUUCAGACAGUCUGAAAUCAAUUAUGGUUAAUCUGUAGAAGUUUACUACCAUUGUCUUGAUUGUCGCCUGGAUAAUUUGCCACCCUCACAAAGGCUCAUUGUUAGCAAUGGGUCUUAAAGUGCUUUUUUGACAAAAUUUCAACCAAACUGAAAAAUUAAUGUUCUAUUUACCGACCAGUAUGUAUAAAAAGCAAAUUGUAAAAUUAAUUCCAUGGUAUUAAUGCUGUAAUAUAUCAUAAUUUGCUAGGUCAACUUAGGAAAGUAUUUUGUGUUUUUGUAACAUAACCAAACAUAAUCUUCCCACUGCAAUCACUCCUUGAAACUAAACUUUUGUAUGCUAAAAUAACAGAACACAGGUAUCCCAAAUUACUAAUAAACAGUUUUAAUGUUUAUAUACUACAAAUAUCAUCAUAAUUUUCAAUCCCAUCAACAGUAAAUCAUCAAGAACUUAAUUUUCCUGAUCAUCUUCAGUCUAAUCAUUUAAAAAACAUAAAAACUGUAAGGCUGCUUCUUUUACAUAUGAGAGUUUUUUGUCCAAAGUACCUAAGGAGAUGGGGAUAUUAAAGAAAGCUAGCUAAAUGCAAUCUUCAAAGCAAUGCUUUUGAAGAGGACAUAAAAGCUCUAAGAAGUCUAUGUAGAAAGUUUCUAUUUGUAUCUUUACAAUUUGUACUAGAAAAUUGUUGUGUCCCUUUUUCUGUGACAUUGAAACAAAAUCCUAUCCCUCAAUCAACAAUGUAGUAAUCCAUUGAUUACAUUGAAUUAAGAAAUCUGUCUUCCUUCAGAAAUAUGAGAUAGCUUAUAGAAUACAAGGAGUUUUGUGAGAUGUGUUUUUAAGAUUAGGACAGAGCCUAUUAUGAUAUACACUUUGAGUUUGAAAACCUUGACCCAAUUUGUGCACAUAAUAUAACUUUCCCUGAAACACCAAAAUUCCCUUGCUCUGUUCUGUUAAAAGCUAUAAAUCAUAUGCAAAUCACUAAAUGAAAUUAUGAUAUUAGAACGUAUGUAUAUGAUGUUUGAAUUGCAUAAACAUUUAAUUUAAAAUUUGUCUUAAGCCUGUAAACAACAUUAUGCACCUUAUCAACUUGUAAACCAAACAUCACUUUAACCUGUAAAUUACACAGUUGCAUCUUAUAAAUACUUCACUCAGAGCCAGUUUUACAAAACAAUGCACCUUUUGUAAAUAGCAACAAGUUAAGCAAUAUUAUAAUUAUAUGUUUUCACACCUUUAUAUUUUAUAUGUGUUUUUUUAUUAAAUCAAUACAAUACUGUUGAAAAAUUACUAGAUACAUUAAAUAAUGUGCUUCUCUUAGUGACUAAUAAUGGAUGUGUCCAAACACUGAUAAUACCUUAGUUGUCUAUAAAUUUAUCUUCUGCGAAAAAUGUCAACUGCCCUACAAUCAAGAAAAAAUCUCUUAGUAAAAUUCUGUUGUCACAGCCUUUUCAAAAAUUACCAUCUUAUCAACAUUUUCUUUUUUCCUUCAACUUGUAAUUUUUGCCAGCAUUGUCAAGCAAGUUUGUGUUCUUUCCUGGUUGCUUAAGAUUUGUUUCUUUUCAAAAUAGAGCUGUAAAUUGGUUCAAAUUUAUAUUUAUUUUCAAAGUAGUGAAUUGAUUAUUUCUAUUUCAAUACUGUAAAUUAUUGAUUUCAGUUGUUUCAGACGAUAAAUUGCUUAUAAUAUUGUUGUUUUUGAAGCAUUGCUCUUUUUCUACUGAUGACAGUGUGUAUCCUUGCUCAACAGUUCAUUCAUUAUCAUAGCAGUUUACUUUGUGGGAGUGGGUCUGCAGGUAAAGUUACUGAAACCACUUCAUGGGCGACGCCAGAGGAAGGGACUGGGGGGCUUCAGCCCCCCUCCCCCUCUUUUUUGCACAAGCGUAUUUUUAUUAAAAACAAGAAAAACAAAAAAGAUAGAAAAAAAGUAAAGUGCAAUAAAUCGUUUUAUUGCUUAAUGUCUCAAAUGCAUGAAUUAUCGUGAAGCAUUUAAGUGUGAUUCUCAUUCUCAAAAGUUGGUUUUAGGUUUAACAAUGCUGUCAACUCGAGCUUUCUACCUGAGUUUCUAACGCUUGUUCCUUCAAUUCGUUCGAAUUCGCUCGUGAAAAUUUGCUAACGUCUUGUCAAAGUGUUGCUUAAUUCCUAAAAAUUUGAAGAUGACGAAGUAAAUUGCCUAAAUGUAGCCCGAGACCUCCUCUUGGAAUUAGAGAACAUCUUCAAAUGAACGCUGAAAUAUAUUUCAUGGAUUACUUCACCAAAACGUUUCACAUGAACUGUGACAGAAUUGCAUUCGAAGUCAAAUCGAUUUAAAAUCAAAUUUGCAAAAGAGCUUUUACUAAAAUUUUGAAUGCUUUCUCCCUUUAUUUGAAGAAAUUUCCCCUUUGAGGAAUUCACAUUGAUAUUUUAUCGUCACAGUUUCAAAGAAAAGUAUUAGAAAGGAAGUAAAUAUGACCAAAAACUUUUUCUUUAAAACUUCACAUGAUUAUUUAAAAAAUUUCGAAACAUCUUCGCUCAAGUUCAUCAUCAGAAAAUUUCUAGGCCGAAAAUGCUCAUACUGUACGUGCCAUGCUUUUUGCAAAUACAUUCUAUGUUGCCUGUUGACUUAGAUUUGUCUCCUUCCAUCACCUGCAAGCUUUCAUACAUAAUCAUGGGCUUUGUACUAACGUUGGUUGUAAGACUGCAAUGGUGAGUCGUAGUUCAUGAUUUUAAAUGCAAAGCUGUUCCAAGGGAAGCACUCUAAUGAGAUUGGCAUUUAAUGACGAGCUCUUAUUUGCUAUCCUUAAACUCUAAACAUUGAGCCAACACCCUUGGUGUCUGUCUUCUACUAAACACUGUGUUUUGACUUCAGUUCAGUUCUUGAUCUUUUCUAAUCUACCAAUAGAAAAGCGAUUCACUGGUAAAUAAACCAACAUUUAGUUAAUGAAACAGUUGAUCCGCCGUAAGGCUCAAAUAUAAGGGUUUCUUAUAGCUAGGGAGAUGACCGCCAAGUCUUACUCAUUGUGAUAUUAACAAAACAACUGACUUUUUAUUCUCUUUUAAUUAACACACCUUUGUACAAACGCAUUAAUACUAGAAAACUUGGGUUGAAUGUAAACAGUUGAAAAAUGUGCUAUAAUUUUCAAGUUGCUGCCAUCAGCUUGAAGGCCAUUUGGCCUAGCUCUCCAUCUGGGCAUUGUACUUUCAUUUCGACUCUCAAGCAAAGUGCAGACACGACCUAACAUCAGUAGACAGGAAACAUGCUAUAAUUUGUUUGCCGUUCAUGUGAUCAGUUUAAUCAAAAUAUUCUACCAUUAUCUUGCAUCGUCAUGUGUUGCAAUACACGUUUUUUAUUUAUAAGAAACUUUAUUAGUAAGAAAAAUUUAGAAACUGUAAAAUUUCCAAUUUAAAAAAAUACAGUUAAAAAGUUUUUAUUUUAUCGAAUUUUAUUUUAUUUUCAUUUUUGGAAAAGAUGCCGUUUGGAUUUAAAUCUUCAUUGUUUUUUCGUGAAGAUCUGCGUCUAUAUUUUUCCAAAAAUGCCAGAAAAUAUGAAAGUAACUAAGAAACUGGAAGUACUAUAACGCCAAAAGCUAAGGAACUUUUAAUAUUUAUUGCUGAUCCAAAUUUCUUAUAAGAAAAACGUGUAGUAUAUGUAGCAUUCAUGUUCUUGUUCUAGAGCCCAGUUUUUCAGAUACCCUCUCUAUAUAAAGAAUUUACAAUCUAAAAAGAUAUGUAUUUAAUACCUCAUAAACAGCGAUAAAGUGAUA